GCUUCUGCGCGUUGUACCAGGUUACCAUAUUUUAAAGCGAGCGAUGACAAUUUUCUGUGUACGAUUCGCCGUUUCGACAUAAAUUAAACGUAAGACAAUUUAAUUAUUGUCAUGAUAUUAAAGUAAUACCUGUUAUUUUUAACAGAGAAUUUACCACCGCAAAGCAAUAGAAUCAGUCAGAUUCUGUUUAUUUAGAUUUAGCUCAUAGUUUGAGUUGUGAUACCAGCUUCUGGAGCCUGGAGGAGUAAACAUUAUGUUUGAAUUAGAUGGCCUUUGAGAUAAUAGCACUUUUGGACAUGAAUGGUCUGAAAUGCUAUUUUCCUCACACGACCCAUGCCAAGGGAAUUGGUACCUUUUAAUUGGCCAUUCUGUACGCGUAAGCACUCACUGGCGCACCAUUUAGUGCCGAUUCUCGACUCCGAGCGAUGCUACCUAGAUGGCCAGUGUCUCCACGCAUCUGGAAAAGUGGGAAAACAUACAUUAUUCCACUGGUCAUACACAAACACCUGUUCUAUGAAUUGUUCUUCUUGUCCUCUCUACAGGUGAACCCCACCCCAGACUCUUUGUGUGAAGAAUUGCAGCCUAAUGCUGAAGACUAUACCAGCAGCUUGAAAGAGUUGUCUCAGAGUGACACCACCAUUGCUCCUCAUGCAGAUGGAAGAGCCAAACAAGUGCUUUUCACUUCCAGUGUUGGGAAGAUACUGUGUGACUCAGGCACCUCCAACAGUUUACUAUGUUCCAGAGUUCAUCUCAGAGGCAGAAGAGCAAGCCUUACUGAAGCAGGUUUACAGUGCCCCAAAAUGCAAGUGGACUCAGUUGUCGGGAAGACGUCUGCAAAACUGGGGUGGUCUUCCUCAUCCUAAGGGUAUGCUGGCAGAAAAACUUCCUGAAUGGCUGGAAACGUACACCGAGAAAAUCUCAUUACUGAGUGCAUUUGGUGGCAGACAUGCUAACCAUGUUCUGGUGAAUGAAUACAAACCAGGAGAGGGAAUAAUGCCUCAUGAAGACGGACCGCUGUACUUUCCAACAGUGACGACCAUCAGUCUUGGUUCCCAGGUGCUGCUUGACUUCUAUCAGCCUGUCUGCAGGGACAGUGAGCAGGUUACGACACCGCAGACGGAGGAGAGCCGGUACUUGUUGUCACUAUUGGUGGAACCACGCAGCCUCCUGAUAUUGCAAGAUGAGAUGUAUACACGCUACCUGCAUGGAAUCCAAGAAAUGACAGAUGACACAAUGACGGAAUGUGUGGCUAAUCUAAACUGUACAAAAGCUCGUCUUGGUCAUAUCCUCCCUAGGAGCACACGUAUCUCUCUGACCAUCCGCCAUGUGCCUAAGGUAGUCAAUGCUGCCCUCCUUUUGGGUAGAAAGAAGUAAAGUUGUCUCUUUUCCAAAUGCACCAGCUGAACUAUGGCCAGGAGGCCUGAACUCUGCUUGGAAAACAAAGUGGCAUUGGCCAGCGUGAAAGAUGGGGCAGUGACUGGCUUGUUUGGCAAGGCAUUUCAAGUUCAAUGCCCUUUGAAACUAAACAAGAAUUAAAGGACUGAGCGUGCUACUGUAA